UUAUAACUCUUGAAGGAUUGAACGAGAGCACGAAUGGUUUUCAGAUUCGUAAUCAGCAUCCUUAAAUUAGCAAAGUGGGGUACAUUGCUUUGAAAUCCCAGGGAAACACCUGGGGACCUUCCCUCGUGAGCAACACUCAAAAAACUCUCAGUUUUGUGUUAGCCAGGCGAUGGCAAUAAAAAAGUAUCAUUUGAGUAUCGCGAGUGUAUCUCUAUGUUGUAUAAUUUCUUUUUAUUCACUUGAAUAACUCUAUUGUUUUGUACGAGCCGAUUUCACCUUCAAACUAACCUUUGUGCAAUGUAACUAAAUCUUUAACAUUUGUUUAACACAUCUAUUCAGAUGAGUGACACACUGCUAUUACGUUUUAAUUUGAUGUAUGUGAAUGAUAUUUUGUAUUUUAGUUCCAUUUCAUCCAUCACAGCCCUCACAAAUAUUUUGGUCGGGCGAUUAUUAUUUAGAAUCUAUCGAUGAAAGAUAUCGUCGUACGUACAAAAGAUGUUCACCACUUAAUGAACCACAACUAGGACAGGAUGAUUCAGAUACAAGAGAAAAAUAUUUACGAAAUUUAUUUAUUGAAUAUUUCCAAAACAGAAAAUCAGAAGCAGAUAAAACUGGUAAUGGUAAUAAUCAACAUUAA